AGAUUUUACAGAAAAGUAAGAAACGUGUUGCAGGCGUCGCUUUCCAAGAAAGUAAACAGGCUGAUAAUUGGAAAAUUGGCGGGAAGAUAUGGGAAUGGAUUUAUAGCUAAAUAAUGAUGACAGGCGGGAAUAAAACUAGUGGAAAGACAAAAACUGAAAAAUUUCAGUUCGGUCCAUGGACGUUAACGGCAACUGAAAGUCACAUCCUUAAAUCUGAUGGACCUGAAAGAGAAAGAUUUGAAAGUCAGUUAGAAUUGCCACAGUUUCCAGAGAUGGUAUUUGCUAAUAACAUACUUCGUGUGGAAAAUAUGGAAGGAUUUGGAAUAGAAUUCAACACACUAGAUGCACUGAAGAUGGUUGAUGCACACCAUGAUCACCUGAAGGUUGCAGUUUCUGAGGCAUGGAAGGAAGCAAGAGCUGAUAGUGAACAUAUUAAAGAAGUGAUCAAGCCAUUUGAUUGGACCUACACUACAGAGUACAAAGGCACUGUAUUUGGUAAAGAGGGCUCUCAGAUCAAGGUGUCUGACACAACAGAAAGAAUAGAUAUGGAGAAACUGAUGGUGAAGGAGAAAAUCAUGUUUUAUGCUGACAUCCUGUUGUUUGAGGAUGAACUUGCAGAUAACGGAACGUCCAUUUUAAAUGUGAAGAUUAGAGUCAUGCCUACCAGCUUCUUUAUCCUGAUGAGGUUGUUUCUGAGAGUGGACAAUGUGAUGGUCAGGAUUAAUGACACAAGAAUUUAUCAUGAGGCCCAGAACAACUUCAUUUUGAGGGAAUUCACUUCAAGAGAUGAUCAGAUUAAAGAUAUCAAGGCUCCCCCACAUGUCCUGACACAACCAAAUGAAGUCCAGAAAUACCUGACUGUGCGGAAGGAAGUCUUUCAAAAAUUGGAAUUUCCAGCAGUGUCAAAGGACUCAUUAUCUGAACAGACCUAAUUUGUGAAGCAUAGUAUACAACUUUUAUCCAUGGUGGACAGACAGUCGGAUUCAAAUGUGUUGGAAAAACAUUGUUUUAGAGUUCAUAAGACCAUGAAGAUAUUGAUUCUACUCUGUUUUAGAGCUAAUAAGACCAUGAAGAUAUUGAUUCUACACUGUUUUAGAGCUCAUAAGACCAUGAAGAUAUUGAUUCUACACUGUUUUAGAGCUAAUAAGACCAUGAAGAUAUUGAUUCUACACUGUUUUAGAGCUAAUAAGACCAUGAAGAUAUUGAUUCUACACUGUUUUAGAGCUCAUAAGACCAUGAAGAUAUUGAUUCUAAGCCCUUAUCAUGUUUAUUGUUUACGUUGUUGGUUUGUAAAAGCUUUAGAAGUUUAUGACACACUUAUUACAUCCUUUCAAAGGCAUGUUUUGGAAGGUCUAGAUUAAAGAAACCUUGACUGUUUGGCACAUUGCACCAAGCUGCUGUUAUAGUGUGACAUAUCCACUGUGUAAAGUAAGGCAAGUGUGACUAUCAGCUGACUGAUACAGGCCCAAAAUAUUUGUCCAUCAACUCUUAUGGAGAAAGAAAAAUUCCCUGGAUCUGCCACUGGAUUCGUAUCUAUAGUUUGACUAUUAAAGACAGUUCGGAGGGAUUGUCCAUAUGCUGAACAGAGCUGGAAGUUUAUAUUUUACUGUGAUAUGCCAUUUAGCCCCCUUGCUGAAGUGAAUCAUCUCAUUGAAUUGUAGUAUUUACCUUUCCCAUCAUCAUACCAGAGGGGACUAUUGGUUUGUAUUCCAUCCGAUAGCCAGUUAACGUGUGAUUCGUCCAAGGUAUGACUCAUAUCUUAUGUCUCUUUUAAGUUGUUAUCACCAAAUUUGGUAUAUGUGUAGUUUAUUGUAGGUUAUCAGAGCCCCAUGCCUCUUUAUAGAGUUGUGGCCCUUUGGAUGCUGAUGUUUGUUCACAUGGGUACAAUGCUGAAAUUUAUUAAUGGGAAUGAGACUAGAUUGGUCUAGAAAUGCCAAUAUUAUGCUGAAUUGUUCUGUUUUAAUAUACAGUUUAAUGUAUUGCAACAAACUUUGUGCAGGCACAUGGUUUGAAUUUGUUUGUUUGUAUGUUUAAAGUAAUUUGUUGCUGAAGAUAAUCCUGUUAAGUUACAUCAGCAUAUUUGUUCAAAUUACUGGCAUUUACCCAAAUUGCAAAGUGUAUUAAAUCUUUAAAAAAGCUCUUGUAAGGCUGUAAGCCAUGAGACAAAGGAUCAGAAUAUGUGCUCUGUAGUUUGUAGAUUGGAUUACUUAUUUAGAUUGAAGUUGUUAAAUUUGAAAAAAAAAAACCAGUGAAGUUUAUUGAUUGGUUGCUGUGUACAGUUCAGAUUUAAGUAUCAGCAGCAGCAGCAGUAUGACCAGACCAAGGCAGCCAGUUUGUCAGUAUGAUUCAUGAUGAAAUUAGUUUAGUCAACAUUUAAGAUUAAAAUAUUUUGCUGUUCCUGACAUUUCUACUAAAUUUAUUUCUGUUAUAUAUAGACCUUACCCUCCAAUGUCAGUAGGCACAACAAACUUUUUAAAACUACAUCUUAUUUCAUCAAUUGUAUAAACACAUAUUCUGUGGAUGAUAAAAAUGUCUAUUAAUUGUAUGAACACCUGUAGUGCGGAUUGUAUGAAUGUCUACUUUGUUAAUUGUAUGAACACCUAUAGUGGUAAUUGUAUAAACACAUAUUCUGUGGAUGAUAAAAAUGGCUAUUAAUUGUAUGAACACCUGUAGUGCGGAUUGUAUGAAUGUCUACUUUGUUAAUUGUAUGAACACCUAUAGUGGUAAUUGUAUAAACACAUAUUCUGUGGAUGAUAAAAAUGUCUAUUCUAUUAAUUGUAUGAACACCUAUAGUGGUAAUUGUAUAAACACAUAUUCUGUGGAUGAUAAAAAUGUCUAUUCUAUUAAUUGUAUGAACACCUAUAGUGGUAAUUGUAUAAACACAUAUUCUGUGGAUGAUAAAAAUGUCUAUUCUAUUAAUUGUAUGAACACCUGUAGUGUGGAAUAUAUGAUAACCUAUGAAGUAUUUGAACACCUGUAUAUUGGAUUGUAUGAAUGCCUGUAUAUUGGAUUGUAUGAAUGCCUGUAUAUUAGAUUGUAUGAAUGCCUAUUUUGUUAAUGAUAUGAAUGCCUGUAUAGUGGAUUGUAUGAAUGCCUGUAUAGUGGAUUGUAUGAAUGCCUGUAUAGUGGAUUGUAUGAAUGCCUGUAUAGUGGAUUGUAUGAAUGCCUGUAUAGUGGAUUGUAUGAAUGCCUGUAUAGUGGAUUGUAUGAAUGCCUGUAUAGUGGAUUGUAUGAAUGCCUGUAUAGUGGAUUGUAUGAAUGCCUGUAUAGUGGAUUGUAUGAAUGCCUGUAUAGUGGAUUGUAUGAAUGCCUUUAUAGUGGAUUGUAUGAAUGCCUGUAUAGUGGAUUGUAUGAAUGCCUGUAUAGUGGAUUGUAUGAAUGCCUUUAUAGUGGAUUGUAUGAAUGCCUGUAUAGUGGAUUGUAUGAAUGCCUUUAUAGUGGAUUGUAUGAAUGCCUUUAUAGUGGAUUGUAUGAAUGCCUUUAUAGUGGAUUGUAUGAAUGCCUUUAUAGUGGAUUGUAUGAAUGCCUGUAUAGUGGAUUGUAUGAAUGCCUGUAUAGUGGAUUGUAUGAAUGCCUGUAUAGUGGAUUGUAUGAAUGCCUGAAAUGUUUUGUGUAUCUAUUGCUUGUUUUCGUUCUAUUGGUCUGACAUAUUGUAAAAUAACAGAACUGAUUGGAAAUCCUUAGGAAAUCAUGUUGACAUGUAUGCUAUUUUAGAUAUUUGUCAGUUUGUAUAAGAGGAUGAUACUAUAGAAUUGGUUUAUAAUUUAGGAUGAAAAUAUUUUUUCAUUGGUUGGCACUUUUGCAAAUUAAAAUUAUUGUACAUGACAGAGGAUUAAAUGAUUAUGAAAUAUUUCACAUACAUUAAAUGAGUGCUACUGAUUUCAAUUUAUUUUCAAUAAAUU